UAGGUUUGAGGUUAUGUGAAGUGGGUUUAUGUAUUCAUAACAAAACGAAAAUAGAAUCAAAAUGCCUCUGGAUUACCGAAGAUUUAAUGGACCCGAAGAUAGUGUGUCAUACAAACGUUUUACUAAGGACCAUUCAAAGACUUAUGAUGAACUUUACAAAGAGUUGCUAGAUGAUAACGGAGUUCGAAAAGACGGCCGCGCUUUGGCCGAGGCUCGUAGCAUGUUUGCUAGAACCGAUAUGGUUUCUCAAGCAAAGGGAUCAGCGUACGUAGAAUUGAGAAAAACAAAAGUGGUUUGUUCCGUGUUUGACCCGCGAGAAAUCCCCCACCAAAAUGAGUUUAGUCAACUUGGCCAAAUAUUCUGUGAGGUGAAAUUCGCGCCAUUUUCUUGCCCUCGCAAACGGCGCCAACACCAGCCUGACGCUGAAGAGAAAGCUUUGUCUGUGGCACUCAGGAAAGCCCUGGAGCCCACAGUCUGUAGACACAUGUUCCCUAACUAUCAGGUUGAUGUGUUCAUAUACAUUCUGGAGCAUGACGGAGCAUGCUUACCUGCAGCAAUCAACGCAGCUGGCCUUGCAUUAGCCGAUGCAGCGGUCCCAAUGUAUGAUGUAAUAACAUCUUGUUCUAUCGCAGUCAUCGGCGACAAGAUGUUCGUGGACCCAACAGAAAAUGAAGAACAUCUAGUCUUAUUAAGCCCACAGACUGCUACCAAUCAUGGUAUUGUCACAUUGUCUAUGCUGUCAGAAUUGAAGCAAAUAUCGGACUUCACGGUAGUCGGCUCUAUGGAUGUGGAAUGUAUUUCUAAAGCUAUGACUAUUCUAGAAAAAGAAUGUGGGAAGCUUGUACCUCUGAUACAGAAGGUGCUUGUAGCUAAUGUUUUAAAGUGUAUUGAACAACGAAAGAGGUUGGAGGAGGAAGCCAACGAGAGAGAACAGGCUUUAAACGCCAAGAUGGAGGAGUGGAAAAGAUUAUUAAAUGCUGGAUGAGAUUA